UGUUAUUUUGCAACAGAACACAGAGGAUGUAUUAAGUCGCAGUUAUCAAACUCAGGCUUUACUUUGUAGUUUUCAUGAAUGUUUCUUAACAAAAUAAUUACUGAAGGCUUUCGCCACUAUUGUGCCAGUGCAGUUAACACCGAUAACUCGAAACGUAAAAAUGAGUGUCAGAAGUGUCAUAAUCUAUCGAUUUCUUUCCUUAUUUUGUCGUCCUUCGCACCUGUAAACCACGCCCAGUCUGACUUGAAUAAAACCAAAACCAGCGUCUGCUAGCCUGCUGAAGAGACUAUACAGUCCUACAGGCUGAGAGCUGACUUACAAUGAUUGACUUCUCAUCUCUGUCUGUGACCUGGACCCUGGUGGUUCUGGUCAUAACUCUCCUGUUUAUUUACGGUGUUUGGCCACAUGGAUUUUUCAAAAAACUUGGAAUUCCAGGACCAAGACCUUGGCCUUUCGUUGGCACAUUUCUCUCAUACACUAAAGGUUUGAUCAAUUUUGAUAUGGAGUGUGCUAAGAAGUAUGGAAAAGUUUGGGGAAUUUAUGAUGGAAGACUCCCAAUAUUAAUGGUCACUGACCUGGAAAUGAUCAAAGCAAUUAUGGUGAAAGAUUGUUAUUCUACCUUCACUAACAGAAGAGAUACAUUUGUAAACCUGGCCGGCCCCUUUUCUGAUGGAAUAACUCUAGUUAAAGAUGAGAGAUGGAAACGAAUUCGUGCUUCACUCUCUCCAUAUUUCACAAGUGGACGACUGAAGGAGAUAUUUCCCAUAGCUGUGACACAUGCAGAUCGUUUUAUUAAAAACAUGCAAAAGCGAGACCACGAGCAGCCAGUUAAAACAAAAGAAGUUGUCGCUCCAUACAGUUUGGAUGUCGUAACCAGCUCCUCCUUUAGCGUUGACAUCGACUCCAUAAACAACCCGGAUGAUCCUUUCGUUACUAACAUCAAGAAGUUUAUCCAGUUUAGUCUAUUCAGUCCUCUCUUUGUGCUUUUAGCUUUAUUUCCCUCUGUUGCAAAUCUUUUGGGAAAAAUGGGGAUAAGUCUUUUUUCGAGGUCGUCUAUGGAUUUUUUCUACAAUGCCUUGAGAAAGAUUAAGGACGAGCACAACAAGAAACCAGAUGGUCGAGUAGAUUUUCUCAAGCUCAUGAUCCAGAAUCAAAUACCUGAUGAUCAAGCUAAGGACGAUACAAGUGACCAGCCAGCAAAAGGGUUAACAGAUCAUGAGAUUCUCUCCCAGUGCUUUAUUUUCAUCCUCGGAGGUUAUGAAACUACAAGCUCCACUCUCACUUUCCUCCUCUAUAAUCUUGUGACUAAUCCAGACUGCCUGGAAAAACUGGUUGAGGAGAUUGACACAAACUUCCCUCCUGAUACUCCCAUCACAUACGAUGCAUUGAUGAAAAUGGAUUACUUGGAAAUGGCCAUCAACGAAUCAAUGCGUCUCCUUCCCACUGUCCCACGCUUAGAGAGGGUCUGUAAGAAGACUGUGGAGAUCAAUGGCAUGACAAUACCAAAAGACACUCUGAUUGGAAUUCCUACAUAUGUUUUAUGUCGUGACCCACAGCUCUGGGAUUCUCCCGAUGAGUUCAGGCCGGAGAGGUUCAGCCCAGAGAGUAAAUCAGAGGUUAACCAGUACGCUUUCAUGCCUUUUGGACUCGGGCCUCGGAAUUGCAUUGGAAUGAGAUUUGCCCUAAUGAUCAUGAAACUGCUUGUUGUGAAGCUUCUUCAGAACUUCACUGUGGAAACAUGUAAAGAGACACAGAUCCCUCUGGAGCUGAAUGUUAUGUUUCAGCCGAAGGUUCCCAUCACACUGAAGUUUAAACCAAGAUCUCACAAGGAAAAAGACACAUUGUCAUAUUUUUAGAAUUAUUUUACCACAUAAAAUGUGCCCAUGUGAGAAAUACUUUCUGUGAAAAUGGGCAUUUUGCUGUUCAUUGCACCCAGAAAGCCCAUAAUACUGAAUCGAGUGUCCUGCAUUUUAGUUGGCAAUGAAGACUAACCGGGAAGAGAUUGUUUGUUUUCUUGCCACUUACAGCCUUAAUUGUGCACCCUUUGCCCUGGAAAACCACCAGUAUAAAACAGAAGCUAGAAAAGAAAAUAUGUUUUCAGCAUUGGCAGUUAUUUUGCCAAAAUGGAGUACAUUUAAUUACACUAACCAUAAUCGAUAUUAUAGGAAGUUCUUUUUUAGAUUCCUAGUUAUGUUUAACAUUUACAUUAAGACUAACACAUUAUUUAAAUUUACUGUGUUAUAAAAAUGAAAUUGAUUUGAUUAGAUCGGAUAGGAUUCUCCUCAAAGGGUUAUUUAUAUCCACUUUAUCAAAUAAAUGAAUGAAUAUUUAUAUUUCAUUAUAUAUGUAGUUAGACAAUACACUUAUAAUGUUUUAGCUGCUGUUGCAUCACUGAAUAUUUUCAGUUGACCUCAGCACUGAAUGUGAUGUAACCAACUGUAAUUCCAGCGUACAUUAAAGCAUUUUUCCUCAUUUCAUCCUAAAAAAA